CAGCAUUCUCUGCUAUUACUGCUGCUUCUAUGCCGACUUGUGAGCCACACAAUAAUCUCCUGUUGGAGCCGUAAAUUGUGUGGUUUCUGCAGCUGGUACGUUCUUAACAACAUUCUGUACCGUAAGUAUCAACUUAAUUGUCAGAUAACCUGAAAUCCGACAUUAUACCCAAAGAAUAUUCAAGAAUUAUGUUACUGUCAGAUUGUGAUUCAUGAUCCAAAGCUGAGACAAAUACAAGUCAUUCAACUACCCUCGAGUUGUCUUCCCAUCCAAAAACCACAAACUCAUCUGUCAUACAUUUAGUAUAGUCCUGUCCCACCCCUGAAUUUAGUAUAAGAACAGCACCAAAUACCUUACAGUCAUAUACCUUCUGUGUAAAAAGGUAACAAUGAAGAAGCCAGUACCUGCAGCUAAAGCAGAAAUCCAGGAGAAUAACAGCAAUGAUGCUGCAGAUCAAAUCACACUUCCCACCGAAAUCAACAACGUAGAUUACACCUUUCAGAAGAAGGAUCAUUCAUGGUUCGUGACUUCUGAUAUCCCAACUGAUCUAUUAAUUCAAAUUGAGGAAAAUACCUUUCACGUGCAUAAGUAUGCACUGCUUACAAAGAGUGGCUACAUAGGCCGAACAGAGUUUCAGCCCACAAGCUCAGGUUUAGAGAACAACAUUAAGCUCGACAACUUCCCAGGUGGACCAGUAACUUUUAAGGAAGUACUAAAAUUUUGUUAUGGUAUCCCCGUAGAUCUCAGCGCCAACAAUGUGGCUCCUCUAAGGUGUGCAUCAGAAUUUCUAGAAAUGACAGAGGAAUUUGAAGAUGGAAAUCUAAUUUCCAAGUCAGAAGCCUUUUUAACAUUCAUUGUACUAUCUUCAUGGAGAGACUCUGUUAUAGUUCUCAAAGCUUGUGAGAAUCUAUCUCCCUUGGCAGAAAACCUUCAGAUUGUACGGAGAUGUUGUGAUUCGAUUUCCCGGAAAGCAUUUCAAGACAAAAAUGAGCUAAUUGAUGACAAAGCUUGGUGGUUUGACGACGUAGCAACCUUACGCAUUGACCACUUUGGCAGAAUAAUAGCAGCAAUGAAACCAAAAGGUAUCAAACCAGAUAUCUUAGGUUCAUGUAUCAAGCAUUAUGCAGAAAAAUGGUUGCCAAGCAUGGAUGGGGAGGUAGAAGGACAAAGGAGGCAUUGGUAUGGGAAAAAUGAGCUGCAGAUCAGUAUUAUAUGUGGGGCGAACCAUGAAGAUGACAUCGGCCAAAAUAAGGAUCAAAAGAUUAUCAUAGAAAGCCUCAUCAGUAUACUUCCCCCUCAGAAGGAAGCAGUUUCCUGUAAGUUUUUGUUAUGGAUGUUAAAAAGGGCUAUGAUAUGCUAUGCAACCCCAGCUUUAAUCUCAGAGCUUGAAAAGAGAGUAGGGUCAGUAUUGGAAGAUGCUAAUGUGCAAGACCUCCUAAUUCCAAGAUGUACUAACAAAGAUCGAGGGGGGCUGAACUCACCAGAAGAAAGGACAAUGCACAGCAUAGACACCGUGCAGAGAAUAAUAGAAUACUUUCUGAUGCACGAACAUCAAAAGAAGACUGAAGAUCUGGAUGUCAGUAAACUCCUAGACAACUAUUUAGCUGAAAUUGCAACUGACCCAAAUCUCAGUAUCUCAAAGUUCCAAGUUCUAGCGGAAGCAUUGCCUGCAAACACCAGAGUAUGUCACGACGGUCUAUAUAGAGCAAUUGAUACUUAUCUGAAGACCCACCCUUCACUACCCGAGCAAGAACGCAGAAGGCUGUGCAGGAUAAUGAAUUGUCAGAGGUUGUCACUAGAUGCUUGCAUGCAUGUGGCACAGAAUGAUCGACUGCCCCUGAAAAUUGUUAUACAGGUGCUGUUCUCAGAGCAAGUGAAGAUGAGGACUGCAAUUCAAAGCAAGGAACAAACAAUUGAAGGUAAUACUCGUGAAAAUGACGAGAGUUGGUCAUCUGCAAAGAAAGAGAUUAUGAAUCUUAAAACUGAGCUUGAGAAAGUAAAAGAAAGGAUGUCAGAACUGCAGAGAGACUACUCUGAACUCCAACGAGAAUAUAUAAUGCAGAUCAACAAACCGCGGAGAAACUCCAGCUGGAUCUUUAGAUGGAAAAAAAUGAAAAGUAUAUCUCUAUUUACUGAAAAGGCCGAGGAAGAAAUUGGAGAAGACCAGGAAACACCCAACCAAGAGGGAAGCACACCCAAUAUUAUAAGAAGACUAUCCAUUACCUGAGCACCAACUAGGUGAUCCAGGAAAAAAAGAUGUCACCAACAAAAUCAAGAAUUCAUCAGCAUAGCAACCACCAAAAGUUCUUCUCCGCAUCGAUUAUAGACCAUAAGUUUGUACUACAAAAACAAUCCAUCCCCGAGGACUAUUCAAGACCAUGGAGAUUAUAAAUAUUCUGGUUAGGCAGCAUAGGACGGCGAAGAAAUUGAAUCCAAGAGUUGUUGUAUCAGGAGAUAUGGAACUUAACAAAUCUUUAAUAUAGGGAUUUUAAAUCAUUAAAUACUUUGUAAUUGUGUAAAUUAGUACUACCUUCUUUUUCCUAAGUUCUAUUCACUUUCCGUUUUCAUUCAUUUUACUAAGUUCUACUUAGUUUUACUUUAUUCCAUUUAUAUCAACAUUUAUUCAUAUUUUAUCAUCUUCUACCCUAUUUUAGGGGACCCAAUAUAUUUAAAAAAUAUGUUACUCUCCAUCUCUCCCCUCCAAAAAGCAAAGGUACCUCAUGAACGGUCCUCCUUUUGAAUUUUACUCGUAGUUGGGUAGAACACACGCAAUGGAGGUAAU